GAUUGGCAUCGUGCGCGUCCACAGAGCGGCUGCGGGAUGCAGAAGCAGCGCGGGCGGUACUUGGGCCGGGCCUGAGCCUCAGCCUCCGGUACCGGCAUGGAGACGGCCGCGCUCUCGCUUCAGUCAUCGUGCCGCGGGAUGGCGGCCACAAACUAAGAGGGGGCGGCCAUGUCCGAGCGGCAGGCAGCCGAGGGCGGCGGUGGCGGCCCUCUGAGCCCCGGCGCCGAGUACCGGGAGGAGGCCGAAGGAGAGGCGGCGGCUGCGGCCGCCGGCGCCAGGGCCGGCCGCGACUUGAAGGAGUGGCUGCGGGAACAGUUCUGCGACGGGGCGGCGGAGGGGGCGGAGGACACCCGGCUGCACGAUGCCACCUACGUGGGGGACCUGGCCACCAUCGCCACCCUGCUGAAGGAGGACAACUUCAGGAGGAGAAUCAAUGAGAAGUCAGUCUGGUGCUGUGGGUGGCUGCCCUGCACUCCCCUGCGGAUUGCAGCGACUGCGGGCCACGCUGACUGCGCGGACUACCUGCUCAAGCAAGGGGCCGAGGUGGACUUGGUUGAUGUCAAGGGACAGACUGCACUGUACGUGGCUGUUCUGAACGGCCACGUGGAAUGUACCCGCAUCCUUGUACAAGCAGGUGCUGACCCAAAUGGAAGUUGCCACCACCGCAGCACACCUGUUUAUCAUGCCUCGCGGGUGGGCAGAGCAGACAUCCUCAAAGAACUAAUCAAAUAUGGUGCUGAUGUUGAUGUUGAUCAUCAUUUAGCCAGUCGUGUCUCAGCACCUGCUGCUCGGCGAUUCACAUCACUAGGUGUGUGCCCACUCUAUAUCAGUUCUGCCUAUCAUCAUCUCCAGUGUUUCAAGUUGUUACUGAAAGCCGGAGCUAACCCUGAUUAUAACUACUGGGGCCAUGUGGAUGUUAAGGCCUUUCCCAGAGGUUCGCCCACCUGUAUUCUGGAUGCUGUCCUGCGGCAUGGAUGCGAUGUGCAGUUUGUAAAACUUUUGAUCGACUUUGGUGCUAACUUAAACCUGGUUAAUUGGGAGGGCCUGGAUGUGGAAACAAUGGGUCGCAUGAAGGUGAAGGAGGAGGCGUUGCAGGUUUUCAGAGCUGCGAAAGGUACUCCUAGGACUUUGACAUCUUCCUGCCGCAUUGUCAUUAGGAGAGCACUGGGGAAGUUUCGUCUUAAUCUGAUCCAAACACUACCUAUACCGGACACAAUCAAAAUCUUCCUGUUACAUGAAGACACCUAAAGGAGGAUCACAUCUUAUUGCUCUGCAUGAUUUUUGUUAGACUGAAGCUUCACUAUGCUAACCUGGGGCUGGACUAUCAUUGGAAAUUCUGGUUUCAGCCUCACUAGACUGAUGUAGUGUAUCUUGGAGAGUGAGUUUUUGAUUUCCUAUCCUUCAUUAUCCAUGUAAUAGUUCAAAAGAUUCAUCCUAUUAAGAUUCUCGUGAUUCAAUGUCACUGGCAUUUGUAAAAAGAACAGAAAUCAAUCUCAAAGAAAUGACCAUGUCCUCAAUCAACAACAAUGUCUGGCAAUUAUAGACAACACAUAAUAUCUUGUACCUUUUGGUGAAUUUAAGGUAUCAAUCAAUCUUUGUAAGAUUAUGUAGGUUAAUCAGACUCUCUAUUUGCUGUAUGUGAUAUCAACUAAACUCUUCAAUAGAUUCCUACCCAAUUUCUUGUUGACAAUAUUCUGUAUCUUCUGAAAUUUUCAGUAGGUACGUAGCCAGUGGAACAGGCAGAGUAGUUUUACUUGAGAGGAGCAGAGGCACUAGCUGUAAUAUUAGCUAUCUUUCAGCUGUUGUACAUUUAGAUUAAUCCCAAUUCAUUUUACAAGAACUUCCUGAAGAUACAGAAUGGUAUAGAUCUAAUUAAUGAUGAAAUUGACGGUACUAUGUUUGGCUUCCUCUUGAAAUAUUUUACAAAUUAGUCAGCAUGCAGCCUACUCCCUGAGGACUUUGGUUUGAAGCUAGGCACCAGGGAUGGGAUAAACCUCCUGGUGUGUCAGGUACAAUGCUGGAAGUUGUCAUCUCAAUUUUUUUUAUUAUUAUGGAUUCACAGGAAGUGGCUGUUGCUGGCAAGGCCAGAAUUUAUCUGUUUGCAUAGUUUGGGAGCUGAAGCAGUGGUCCUUGUUCCAUCUUUGAGGGAAUUUGCUGUUAAUGCUGAAUUUUUGAAAGUUUUUAUUUUAGCAUUUUGGCUGACUUGCUGGACAGGGCCCAUUAAUGAGUGUCUCUUCAAAAUCAUUGCAUUGCUUGUCUACAGAGUUAGUUGUUCAGUUGCAUAUCACAAAUGAUGCAGGGAUUAUGGGGGGGUGGGGGGGGAGGCAGUGUUAGUCAGAUGCAAUUAGAUGCUGUAGGUGUUAGGUGGACCUACAGUGGACUUGUCCAUUAGAUGUAAUGGUGGAUACGUGGUUAUGAUAACCUAUAGUAUGCUCUUUCUGAAAGCACCGAACAUGUUUUCCUACCCAUACAAAACUGAGUCAUUGUCAAACAUUAGAUCCUUUCCAACUUAACCUGUGAUUGCAUCUCUUAAUGUGCCCUGGUUUAUUCACCACUGCAGUAAUUCCUCAAUUUACAAAGAGAUAAGGGAAAAAGAUUCAUUCAAUUAAUAAGAAAAGCCUUUUUACAAAAUUCCACUUAAAGAUGAAAAUUUGGGUUGUGCUACAGAACUUGAGAAAUUUUGGUCAAAACAAUCUAAGCUCAUAAAUAUACAUUAAUAUUUUAUUUCAGAUACAUUUUAAUUUAACUUAAUAAAAUUAAGAUAAUGAAACAAAUAAUGUACUUUUUCAGGCUACUCACCAAGUAGUAGUGGUGGUGGCUUUGAAUGUUGAGAAGGUGGAGAGGGAGGUGAGAGGCAGAGCUGUUGCUGGAGUUCAUAUGAUGGUGGUGGUGAAUCUGGGCUUAAUAGACUUUGUGACAUUAAUGGCAAGGGUUCUUUCAGUGACUUGUCCUGGGUAGUUGAAGAGCAAGGCUCAAGGGAGGUUUCAGUAGAAAUCUGGACAGCUUUCCUUUUUCACCAGAUAAAGUUCCUUGUAGCAAAACAUGGUGCUUUCUAUCAUGCAGCCUCAUUUGUUAUUAGUAUUGUCCUCUUUGAAGAUGGCUAUUGCUUGCUGCUUGUGGAAGAAUGCCUCUCAAAUCCUUUUCAUAGAGAGUUGUAUUGGUGGUGCUUUUGUGUUGCUGGCUUCCUGUUCCUCUUGGGAUCUCUGUUCCUCCAGCUCUAAUAGAUCCUUGUUUUUAAGCUCUUCAGCAUGAAAUUCCAUUGUUUGCCAUGUCACAUUGAUCUACUUCAAAUUCAGCAUCAUUUGCCAUCUUGACAGGAUGUUCUCAGAGAUAUUUCAGGUUCAUAAACCCACACUGGCCAUAAUUUCCUCAUUACAAUGUUGCCUAGGUUACAUCAUGCCAAGAGGCACUGAUAUGGUCAUGAUAUUAGACCUCUUCCAAAUUUCCAGAAUGGUGUGUUUCUCUUUGCAGUUCAAAUAAUCUAAAAUGAUAUUACUCAUUAUGGGCCACAUUUAAUUAGCCUUGAAGGUAGUGGUAACAGCCUGGUCCAUGGGUUGUAUUGAUGGAGUGGUGUUAGGGGGUACAGAAGCUAUGUGUAUGUUAUCAGCUGUGUUCUGCUUAUCCAGGGCAUUGUCCACAAUGAACAUUGUCCAGGUUAUUCUUUGCAUAUUAUUUGGUGAAGAGAGAGAGAUGACAUGAUGUAAUCUUGGAAGAGCAGUGUUGUCAUCUUUUAGUUGCAUUGCCACACCAUUGGAAAAUUAGAUGUUGGAUAUCCUUUUUAAAGCCCUCAUAUUUUCUGAGUGACAGACUAAGGGAGGCUAAAGCUUAUAGUCACCCUCAGCAUUCCCUCCAAGGUGACCUUUGACUGUCACGCAGCCUGGAACAGUUUUCUCAUGCCUUGAAUGAAAACAUGAGGGCAUUCUCUUCUAAAAGAACCCUCUCUCAUUAAACACUACGUUUAACCUACGUUAAACACUUGUCUAGGAGAGUAGCCACCAUCCUCAUUGAUUUGUUUUGGCACCUUUUGGAAGACUCUUUGCUGCUGAGGUAUGUGCAUUUGCUGUCUCAUCCUCAUAAAUAUUACACAGGUUUGCAUGUUCAGGUUUCCCUUGAGUUUGAGAACAAUUCAACUUCUAUCCAGGAUAUCUGUAAGGUUGCAAGAAAUUGGUAAGACUGUGUUGUCUGUUGAUUGGGGAAGAUUUGUAGGAUGGUCAACAUCAACUUUGUUGCAAAUUUGGAGGUGAGGUUUGUGAAGACUGAUGUCUGUCAAGAUUCACAAAUCUAACCAUCUUUCUCCUGCUCCUUCGUUUUAAAUAAAAGCCAAAGAUUUGACUACAGAACCUUUUAUUUGUCCAUGAUUUCCAGUGUUUUCACAUUUUCAACUCGAGCACUUGGUUAAUGUCCUAGUAAUGCAAGGUGAUAUCAACCACUUACUGUGCUUUUGUGAAUAUUGUUUCUCAUUUUCAAUGUGUCAUCAACUAAUCUUAAUCUGGGCUCUUUGUGUGGAGUCCAUCUAUAUUAGGAGUCCUUUUUUGAACUCUCCAUAGUUUUUAUGCUGUUUGAUUCUGGGCAUCUUCCUGAUGGUAGUUAAGAUCUCAUUGCUCAGUUUAUUAUCUCCUGCAUGUUUUGAGAAUAUUGGAUCAGUUGUAACUUGUGGAGCAUCUUGUGGUUAUACUUUGGGAACAGUCCAUUGAUGUGUAUUCUGUAGUUCUUGUGUUUGAUUCCCAUACCUUGACAGUUGAGGAUCCCUUAUUUCUCAAAUUGUCAUUGUCUCCAAAAAUAUUUAGAGGUUUUGGCAUUUAUCACUGUAAAGUGACACUUUGAUUGCUUGAUAUAUCUUCAAAUAGGAGCAUUUGACUCUGCUAGUUGUUCCUGUCUAUGUUGUAAUCAGGAUUGGCUUGUUGGAAUCCUUCGGUCUUUGUUGGGACUUUCAAGUUCUUCAGUCAUUUUGCUUUGGCAUUUUUUACUUCAACCACAGAAUGGAAAAGAUGCCUAGAUAAUGGCAUAAUGGGAAUUUUACAGACAUUUGAGUUUCCAGAUGGCAUUUGAAUCUCAAAUUUUGGUAAGUUUCCCCAUACAAUUUCUUUGUACACAAAAUUAUCUGUUGGGAAAGUGCAAAGUUUCUUUUGCUGUUUUCUUUCUUCUCCUAUUAAGUUCUGUGAAGGUAUUUGAUGAUGAUUUUCUCAAUGUCAGAUAUUAAUGGAUCCGAGGAACUACCUUCAUUCUCAUGAUCUUGAUUUUAUGAAUGGUCUUUAGCUUUGCAUCGCUCUAAAUUGCUGAUUUUUCUCUAGCUUGUUCUCCUCUGGGUCAAUUCAGAUUUCCAAGCACUUUUCCAAAUAUCCAGGAAGUGCAUAGAUGAAUGGGCUUCCAUUUACUGUCUAACUCUCUUUCUAUUAAUCAGGCUUCUGAUUGCUAAUUAUGUGGAAACUAACAUUUGUUCAAGAUUUCUAUUCCACUUUGGAAGAAACUCUGGUGACGACAAUGUCAUCUGCAAAUAAGUCCAGGAUUGUUGAUGUUUUACUGAUUGUUUGCAAUUUGAUUCCCAUCCUGCCUGUUCUAGAGAACGUAAAAGAGGAGUCCAUUGCAAAGUUCAAUAGAGAGAGUGGAUAAUCCUGCUUAACUCCUUUUCAGUGUGGAUUCAAUCUAUUUUUAACUCCAUACCCAUGGUUUUGUCGAUGUAAAUCUUCAGUGAGUUUGAUAAAGUCUCUUUCUGAGAGCAUUUCCUGAUUGACCAGGUCAAAAGCUUUAGCCAAGUUUACGAAGGCUGUUGCAAGCUCUUUGUCGAUAUGCUUACCCACAACCUCUUCUUAUUUGUCAAAUCAGUGUUUUCAUUUCAGCCGGGGUUGCAGCAACGAAGCCUUUUGUCAGGCUAGAGGUCUAAUGUGUCUGCUAGCCUUCUCACCAGAAUGUGACCAGACCUAGUGACAUUGAUCUGGUUGUAAUGGUUGCUUUUUUUUAGUGCCUCUUCUUGAACACUAUGGGGAUUUUAUGGCUUACAUCAGCUGCAGAGUGUCAGGAAUAAGGUCUCAUCACUCAAUAAUGCCAAGAAUAUCCCUGACCUCAUUGCAUUUUGCCCUGCUGUUUUUGACCCCUUCAUCCCUUUUAUAGCUGGAGAAACACGGAUACAUUUUCUGUUUGGACACAUGGCAAAUCAAUUUUUUCAUUUUUUGAGUUUGCUCAUGCACCCAUAAUUUGGCAUGUCAGCAAUUUUCUCUACAUGUUUCAUCUAGCAUUGGUGUUGUUUUAUUGUGUGGCUUUUUACAAUCCAUAUUUUUGGCUCCAGAGUUGAUUGAUGUUCCGCUAUCCACUUUUCCUUCUGGUCCCAGCGAGGUUUGCCAGCAUUGCUUACCUGAACCAACUUUUUGAUGUUUUCAGCCAGCUUAUUGCCCAGGCUCUGCAUUUUGGACCUUUCCUGUCACAGAGUAUUUCCUUAUUUUGUGUAAGUUGUUUCUAUAGUGGGGAUUUCCUUGCAAUGGGAACAUUGCCCUUGGCAUUUUGGAUUUGAUUGUUCUUUAGCCUGCUGCUUCAUUCAGUAAGCAUGUAGUUGAAUUUCUAUAUUAGGUCCACUCGCCUGCCCAGACUCCCAAGUCCCCAGAUUUCAUUUGUACCCAAGAAAUCCUAAGUUUCAUCACAAAUGUAUGCAGCAGUCUUUAGUAUCGGUAGAAUUCUGUGCUAAAGCUAUUCAAAGAUUUGCAACAAAAACAGAAGAUGCUGGAAACAUUCAGCAGAUCAGGCAGCAUCUGUUGAAAGUGAAACAGUUUCAAAUUUGAGACCCUUUGUCAGAUUUAUAUUUUUCCUACUUUUAUUAACAAAAAUCAUCUCAUCCCUUUUAUUCUUACUCUUUUAAUAAUUGCAGAACUUUGUGUAGAGCAACAAGAUGAGCCCAAAGAGAAUUAGAUUUAGGAUUUAGUGAUGUUGAGCACAGGUUGAUGCUGUGCCACUGCAGUCUAUAUGUACAUUUGGUAGAAAUUGCUACACAGUGAACGUGUGAGGCUACAAUUACAUGCCUUCACAUGAUGGGCAAUUAAAAAAGGGUGAGGACUAGCACACCCUUUAUAGCUGAUAUGUAUAUAUUUUUUAUAAAAAAGCAAGAUAAAUGCUUAAUGCUGUAAGCUUAGGGUGGCGCACUUGGUAGAGUCGCUGCCUCACAGCUCCAGUGACCUGAGUUCAGUCCUGACCUCGGGUGCUGUCUGUGUGGGAUUUGCACAUUCUCCCUGUGACUGUAUGGGUUUUCCCCAGGUGCUCCAAUUUCCUCACAUGCAGGUUGGUAGGUGAAUUGACUGCUGUAAAUUGCCCCUAGUAUGCAGGUGAGUGGUAGAAUCUUGGGGGGGGGGGGGGGGGUGGACUGUGGACUGUGGGAGAAUAAAAUGGAUUUGGGUAGGAUUAGUGUAAAAAUGGGUGCUUGAUGAUAGGCGCAGGCUUGGUGAGCCAAAGGGCCUGUUUCUGUGCUGUAUCUCUGUGACUAAAAACAGGAGGAGGAGGAAACGGCACUGCAAUACAUCUGAGGUGUUAAAGUGACGAUCUUCCCUGCCAGACUGCAGACAGGCCACUGGAUUGCAUGCUAGUCAUUGGGACUGAAUGUGCCCCAUGGAGACCGGAGCUGUGCUUGCAACAGGUCUUUAUUCGGCACAAGUGGAAACUGAGGAAGAGACCUGGUGGGAGAAUCUCCUGGGAAAGUGUCUUGGUAGAAUCUCAAUGAGUUCAAAGUAUAUUGAAGCUUUAUACUCUUUGAGCACAAAGGCAUCAGUAGGUGAUUAAAUAGAGUUUUGACAGUUUACUUCAUUCUGGGUGUGCAGAAUUGCAUGUUUUCAAUGGGAGCACGUCUCAAUUGACAAGAACAUCUCUGAAUAUUCAAAUACUUUUGGUAAUCCAGGCAUCCAAAAUGCCCUUCUUAUAUCAAUGGCUCUCUCUCUGCAGAUGUUGGUGUUUAUUCAUGCAGCUAUCCUUGUCCUAGAUUGAAGAGGGAUUCUUGUUUGUAUUAACUGGCUGCUACCUGCAUAAUUCCUGAAGGAUGCCUCAUGCCUAACAAUCCGUAACAACCAUUGAACAGGCAGCUAAUGACAGAGCCUGUCAGAAAAUGGCCUUGACACUGUUGACAGAAACCACAUGGCACAUUGUGGAACAUCCAGCCCAGUGUGUUUGGUGCACAAUAUUUUGAAGUGCUUGAGUUUGUGGUUUUGCUCAUCAGCUCCUGUUGAAAUAGUAUUUUGCCAGUUCUGAUCAUAUUUACUCUCAAUUGGUGGCUACUGGCAAAGUGAUUUUGAGUUGGAGUUGAAAAUAGUUGGUUUGUUAACAGCUGUGAUAAUUUUUAGCCAGGAUUGAGAAUGUUCACAGAGAAGCAGGAAAGGUUUGUUAAUAAUCAUAAUCGAACUACAGUAACUUUUGACAAUAAAAGUUUUGCUUUUUCCAAAAAAAAAUCUCCCUCAGAAAUCACACACUUCAAAGCUUUGGAUUGCCACCAGCUGAGGAAAACAGUAAGAAACAGGUGCUCCCCAACUGUCUUGUUAAGAGACUGGAGUCACUGUGUGUUGGGGAUGAGUUACUAGGCUUGUGUAAUGUUGAAAGAUAGGUACAACUCACAGGAAUGGAUUGGAUCAGGCUUAUACUCCAGUGUUUAAAAAUUAAAAUCCAGCCUAUUGUGUCAGCUGAAUAGUUUCAUGAAACAAGCAGCCUUUCUAUGUUUUUGUUUGAUGAGAUGAGUAUGAAUUUAAAAAGAAAACUACCAUUUUAUUUUCAGCCAACAUUUCCUUCUAUUCUUACCAGCCUCGUCACUUCCUCUUUCCAUUGCUGCAAGUUUAGUUGGAUUUGGUGGUAUACUUUAAUAGGACCACCUUCUCUGCUGCCUCAUGAUGGCCCUUGGAGGUUGACAUUGGUUAUUUUUCACGUUGUAAGUGUGUUCUUCUGGAUACACAGCUGGUGAAGCAAGUGCUAUGAGGAAGGGACAAUGGACAGCAGCAGUUCUGAAGGGUAAUGUUAGCUCAAACCUCGGAACGAAUUGAUUGCACAGUCUUACACAGCAAUCGAACUAAGGGAGAAUUCUAUGAUUUAAAAAAAAAAUAAGCUGUUACCUUUGCCAGUCCCUUCCAUUUAAUGCUAACAGUGUUUAUCAAUGGGUUUUUCUCAUUGUACUGUUGGUGUGUAGUACAAUUGUGUUACUUAAUGUUUCUUCUUAUGUUUCCAGAGUGUGGCUAAUUGAUAAUUUCCUAAUAAGCUGUGCAGUAAAGUAAUUUUUGAUUCUACACUGUAAAAAUACGUAAUUAAAUUCUAUGUUCAGUUUUGUGCAUUUAGAAGCACUUUAUCCUGUACACUGGAGUAUGUUAUUAAUGAUGUUUUGGCAAGUUGAUGUAUCGUGCCACUUGGGUGUCUUUGUGCUGAUUUAAAUGUGUGCUAUUUAAUUCAUUAAAGAUUGCAGUUGCAGGAAAGUU